UACACAGGCUAUCUCAGAAACCAUGAAACCGAUUCCUCCAUCUGGUAUAACCCAACCUGAGAGUAUGGGUUCUAUACCCACACAUCUGGUGAGGCUUUUCACCACUGACCACAGGACAGGCUGCAGGGACGUCUCCCUGCACUUCCUCUCCUGCCUCCUCUUCAGCCUGCUGUUGGGCUCUCUCCUCCUCCUGGGUCUCCGCUUCUCCCUCCAGUACAGCCUGUUGGUCUGCGGAGUCAUCUCAGGCUGCACCGUCCUGCUCCUGACCUCGUCGCUCUUCGUCUCCCAGCGUGUGCGCUGCUUCGCGCUCCUCUUCCUCAUCUCCUGCGCCCUUCAGCAGGGCUGCAACCUCCUCCUGGUGGCCGGCAUGAGCAUGGUGCUCCUGUGGAACGUCAGCAACACCUUCCAGAACCUCCACCGCGUGGCCCAGAGCAUCGUGUGCAACCUCGAGAACCAGGUGCACCUUCCGGAUGCGCCCUCCUCGCCCUUGCUGACCCAAGUGAACAUGAUCCGGGAGACGUGCAAGAGAAUGGAAAAUUUCCUUGAAUUUGUUAUCGUUUCAUUCAAAGUGGACAUUAAAGUGUCCGGUCACGCUGAGUCAGAGGCGGCUCAGGAGAAGCUCCAGGAGGCCACACAGAUGCUGAACGCCACGGCAGAGAAGGCAGAGGCCAUCUACGACACGGUGAGCACCAUCAGAAACACGGUGGCACCGGGUAUCGGUGUCCUCAUCCUGGCCUUGAUGACCAUCCUGUUUCUCAAGAUGCACAGACAAAACAAGAGGUACCUGAACUCCUACAUCACCCCUGAGUUUGUGCGUUACGACGAGCAACAGAGGGCAGAGGGAAGGCCACACGUCCUGCCACUGACCAAGAAGGAGGCCAAGCGUCACCCAUCCAUCCCCUCCGCUAGGCCGACGCUCAGUGACGGGAGGAGCGUCCUGAUAUUCUUCAUCCCGGUGGUCGUCCACCUUCUCACCUGGUCUGCACUCAUUGGCCUGGACGCCCUGCUCUACUGGAUCAUCCAGACGGUCAACAGGCACAUGAGACAGUUCAGGCCCAUUGAUGUCCCACUGAGGGUAACUCUGAAUGGGUCUCCAAAGACCUUCUCCUACUCCAUUGAGAUGUUCAAGAAAGAGUGCCUGCCCCAGCCCACCAUCCUCCUCUCUCAGUCGCUAGCUCCGCUGUCUGUCAUCCUGGUUGUCCUGGCAAUCAUGGGCCUGCUCUCCCCCAAGUUCCUCCAAGCCAAGAUACUGCUGAUCGAGAGAUUCUAUGGUGACUCCUCAGCAGAUAGGGUCCAACACCUGCAUGCUAAGAUUGUUCGCAAGAGGUCCAAAAAGAAACUGAAAGCCCUCAAAAGUACUCUUGUGAGCUAUGCAACGAAUGUGAAAUUCUGGUUUCCCAUAUUUUUUCCAAAGAAAAUGGAUGAUGGUCUUCAACUUCGUGACAAUCCAAGGUCGUAGCCAUGAAGUCAACAUGGGGGGGACAAAAUGUGCAUGCCGUGUGAAAUCAGUUUCUGCGAUCCUAUUAUAUGCACAGUUUCAUGGGGUGAUAUGUUUAUGUUUUCUUUUAAACAAUAAUGUCUAAUAAUACUGUUUUUCUCAUUUUCAUGUGCCAUUAUAUCUUAUGCCAUUGAGGACUGAACAAAUUACAAACAAAACGAUAAUCAUAUGAACAUAACAUAAAUCUGUGCAUUGGAAUAGAGUCCAGACAUUUGGUCGAAGUAGCAAAUAUUCAAAAACUUGGUUGUGCAACAUCUGCAUGUGCUUUUUGGGUCUGCUUUUGUAUGGCUAUAUUGCCAUGGUUCCAUGUGAUCAUGUAAUGCAUUC